AUGUCCACUACAACGACCACCACGACCACCGCUACCGAAACCGUCAGGGUUGAAACUGUUCAACCCAGCAGCAAACCUGAAGAUGAGAUCAAAAAGACCGACGACAAGGCCGACAAGGCCGAUGAAAAGAAAGACGACAAGGCCGCCUUCUACGAAGACGUCCACUUCCUCGGCGACAAAGAAGGCCGUGUCGUCAUCCGCUCGCCCCCGACCUUCGCCAACAAGCUCGACGAGCGCAGAUACCAGCUGCAGCAUCUGGCCGCCGCCUUCCGCGUGUUCGCCAAGCAGGGCUUUGACGAAGGCGUUGCCGGACACAUCUCUCUCCGGGACCCGAUCAAUCCU